UUCUUUGGCCUUGCACUUGGUGAAUUUUCUCAACUCGUCAAAACGAUCGAUCCAUUUCUAAAACCCUAUCUCCUUCUGGGUUUAGUCAUACUGAGUGAAGGGAACUCGUUUCAUACACAAAAUCAUUUCGAAACCUGCUUAGUUGGGUUUGUUCCUGAAUUGGUUGGAUUGGUAUGAAUCAUCGUUUACUGAGAUUGAAUCAGAAGUCAAAAACAAAGAAACAUGGGGCAUAGUGCGAAGAAGAAGAAGCGUGGUGGGACAGGGAGGCGCAGGGCGCCGUCCAGUGAUCACACUUCUAUCCACGGCGUUGGCGGCGAACUUCUGUCGGAGGAGCUUACCGCACUGUCUGCUAUAUUUCAAGAAGAUUGUGAUGUUCUUUCAGAGUCUCCACCCCGAAUCAAGAUCAAGCUGAGGCCGUACUCACAGGAUUCAGGUUUCGAGGAUUUAGAUGUGUCUGCUCUGCUUUCAAUAAGGUUCUUACCUGGAUAUCCUUACAAGUGUCCGAAACUGCUAAUAAUUCCAGAAAAAGGUUUAUCAAAAUCUGACGCGGAUAAUCUUUUGUCCCUGCUUCAUGACCAAGCCAACUUAAAUGCUCGAGAAGGACGCGUGAUGAUUUAUAACUUGGUAGAGGCUGCACAAGAGUUCUUGUCUGAAGUCGUCCCUUUGGAGCAACGACAUGUUCCAUGUGCGACUAUGGACAGGAACAGCCAGUUAUCUCGAAAGAAUGCUGCAGUUUCAUGUGAUAGGCCUUCCAAGGGACCUUUUGUAUAUGGUUUCACAGAUCUUUUCAUAGGCUCCGGGGAGUCGUGGCCCUGGGGACUUUCGGUUGAAAAGAGCAGCAAUACAUGCACUUCAUUGCAGUUACAUGCCUUAGACGAUCUGCAAAAUGAGAAAGUCAACCCAAACAAUAAGAUGGGGGUGGCUGAGAAUGGUAAGCUGGAUAAAGUGCUUAGUCCUACGGCAAAACUCGACACUCUAGAAGAAGAGAGUAGGAGUACUGAGUCUUAUACAUCACUAUCUGUAUCUGAAGAAUCAGAGGAGAAUGUUAGCAUCGGUGAGGAUUAUCCUCUGAAAGAGGAUACAGAAGAAACUGAUGUUGGUGAGACUAAAGAUGAUCAUUCAGAAUCGGGUUCACCUGCGUCAAUGAAUCAUCAUCAGAUUUCACAUACUGUGGAGAGAGAUUUGAUUCUGGCUCAUUUGCUGCGACUUGCUUGUGCUCCUAAAGGUCCACUUGCUGAUGCCUUAACUGAUGUAACAUCAGAGUUGGUAAACCUUGGGAUUGUUUCAGACCGGGUGGCGGAUUUAGCAACGGAGCCACCAUCAGUUUUUGACAGAAGCUUCAAUCAGGUCUUUAGACAUCGUAUGGUAGCCUCAAAGAUAUCACAUUUUUGGAGAACUGCUUCUGAUUCCAAAGGGCAGCACACAUCACCUACAUUAAGCUCUCGGUAUCUGAAUGAUUUUGAGGAGCUUCAACCACUUGGCCAUGGUGGAUUUGGCCAUGUUGUUUUAUGUAAGAAUAAGCUGGACGGAAGACAGUAUGCUGUUAAGAAAAUUCGACUAAAGGACAAAAAUCCACCUUUAGAUGACAGAAUUUUGAGAGAAGUAGCAACUCUUUCUCGAUUGCAGCACCAACAUGUUGUACGUUACUAUCAAGCAUGGUUUGAAACAGGAGAUACUGGUUCCUAUGCUGAUGCUAUCGGGGGUUCGAGGACUGCAGCUAGCUCUAGUUUCAGCUACAUAGAUCUGAGUUCAACAGAUGUGGUAGGGCAGGACAACAAAGUUGGAACUUACCUCUAUAUUCAAAUGGAAUAUUGCCCAAGGACUCUCCGGCAGAUGUUUGAAUCUUAUAGUCACUUUGACAAGAAACUGGCAUGGCACUUGUUUCGUCAAAUUGUAGAAGGUUUGGCACACAUACAUAGCCAAGGAAUUAUCCACCGUGACUUGACUCCAAAUAACAUUUUCUUUGAUGCUCGCAAUGAUAUUAAAAUUGGGGAUUUUGGUCUUGCUAAGUUCUUGAAGCUGGAGCAGUUGGAACAGGAUUUAGAUCCUGCAGAAACAACUGGAGUGUCAGUUGAUGGUACUGGUCAAAUUGGUACUUAUUUUUAUACUGCACCAGAAAUUGAGCAGCGAUGGCCAAAAAUUAAUGAGAAAGCUGAUAUGUAUAGCUUAGGAAUUGUAUUUCUUGAGCUUUGGCAUCCCUUUAGCACUGGGAUGGAGCGGCAUAUUGUUCUUUCGGACUUAAAAAAGAAGGGAGAACUUCCUUUGGAUUGGGUUGAGGAGUUUCCAGAACAGGCUUCAUUGUUACGCCAUAUGAUGUCCUCAAGUCCAUCAGAUCGUCCGUCUGCCACAGAACUCCUCCAACAUGCUUUUCCUCCACGAAUGGAGUCUGAAUUGUUAGACAAUAUUUUACGAACAAUGCAUAAUUCUGAGGACACCAGCAUCUACGAUAAAGUUGUGAAUGCUAUCUUCAAUGAGGAGACAUUGAGCACCAAAAACCAUGAUAACAAUGCUGCAGUACCAAAGUUAGGUGGAAAUGACACUUCAUCCAUACAUCAUACAGACUUGGACACUGAAAUGCAUGAUCUGGUUCAGGAGAUAUCUGCUGCAGUGUUUAGGUUACAUUGCGCAAAGCGUUUGGAAAUAAUUCCAAUGCGUUUGGUAGGAGAUUCUCUACAAUUCAAUAGGAACGCCGUUAAGCUUUUGACGAAUGGUGGAGACAUGAUAGAACUCUGCCAUGAGUUGCGUUUGCCCUUUAUUAAUUGGGUUGUUCUAAACCAGAAGUCAUCUUUCAAACGAUUCGAAAUAUGUUAUGUAUAUCGUAGACCAAUUGGUCAUUCCCCACCAAAUCGGUAUCUCCAGGGAGACUUCGAUGUUAUUGGGGGUGCUUCAGCACUGACUGAGGCUGAGGUUAUCAAGGCUGCAAUGGACAUCAUAACUCGUUUUUUCCAUCCAGAAUCAUGUGAUAUACAUCUGAAUCAUGGGGAUCUUCUAGAAGCAAUUUGGUCUUGGAUUGGGAUUAAGGCAGACCAUAGACAAAAAGUAGCAGAACUUCUGUCUGUCUUGGGCUCCUUGCGUCCCCAGUCCUCUGAAAGGAAAACAAAGUGGGUCGUAAUAAGACGUCAGCUUAGACAGGAACUAAACAUUACUGAAGGCGCUGUCAAUAAAUUGCAGACAGUGGGGUUAAGAUUUUGUGGAAUUGCAGAUCAGGCUCUUCCGAGAUUGAGAGGUGCCCUUCCUGCUGAUAUACUUACCCGGAAGGCACUUGAUGAACUUUCACAGCUUUUUAACUAUUUGCGAACUUGGAGGAUUGAUAAACAUGUUUUCAUCGAUCCCCUUAUGCCACCCACUGAGGGUUAUCACAGGGAUUCAUUUUUUCAGAUUUAUUUGAGGAAGGAUAAUAGUCUUGGCUCUCUUACGGAAGGAACCUUGCUUGCUGUUGGCGGUCGCUAUGAUUAUCUCCUUCACGAUAUGUGGCAAUCUGAAUAUAAAUCAAAUCCUCCAGGAGCAGUUGGGACCAGUCUCGCUUUAGAAACCAUCAUUCAGCAUUCUUCUGUCGAUAUUUACAGACCCUUUAGAAAUGAUUCUAGCAGAAGUAUUCUUGUUUGUUCAAGAGGUGGAGGCGGUUUACUGGAGAAGCGCAUGGAGCUGGUUGCCGAACUGUGGGAGGAUGAUAUAAAGGCACAGUAUGUUCCGUUGUUGGAUCCAAGCCUUACUGAACAAUACGAGUAUGCCAACGAGCAUGAUAUUAAAUGCCUUGUUAUCAUAUCGGACACUGGUGUUUCUCAAAAAGGAUCUGUUAAGAUUCGUCAUCUUGAGCUUAAGAGGGAGAAGGAAGUGAGCAGAGAAUCGCUCACCAAAUUUUUAUCAGAAGCAAUGGCAUCUCAGUUUAGAAACCCAUCUAUAUGGAAUUGAAAUCGUCAGAUUCACAUAUACCAACAUCAAACCAUCAGCUUGCAAUUUUGGGAGCCGUUUACAGUAGCCGUUGUGUUCCAAGAGUUCCGAUCCAAGUUCAAAAAGCUACAAUGUCAACGGUGGUAAGUAAUUGACUUUUUUUUAUCAUAGACAAUUAAAAUAUAGCAUCUCUAACAGAUUCUCUAAUAGUUUCGAGAAGAAUUUGCAAAAUUUUCUAAAAUCUAAUGUGAUUGUUUUUUUAUUGUUUCCUCCAA